AGAAAUCUGCUAGAAAUUAUUUAAUAUGUCCCAAAUUCAAUCAUAGUUGAAACAAAUGUAAGUGAACGGUGCAAGAAUGUUUUGUCUCUCAACACACCAAUCAACAUUCACAUCCUCUAAGUUGCCAACUUUCAUUGAUUGGCAAUGGAUCCAGUUUGUCUGAUGUGUAUGCUCACAAAACGACAGACUUAAUAUUGGAUAUCUUCUAUCCAUCUGUCCUAAUGCAUGUUCAUCUCAUUCUUUGAAGGUUACCUCCACCUCAGUUUGGAUUGGUUUCAAUGGAGGAUAUGAUAAGAGCCUAUUUGGAACACUGUAUAUGUCAAAUAUGAAACAAUAGUUAUCAUUGUGUUUAAUUCUACAACAACACUAUUACAUCAAUUUAAUGUAUUAAAUUCCAAUUUAGAGGCCGAAUCACACAUAAAAUCCGUAGAUUUUGCACUACAGACAUCCUAAUCAGCUGCCAGCUGGCCUAAGUUCAAAGUCAACUGUUCAAAAAGACCAAUUGCACCGCAAGGUGGGAAAACAUCACUUCUUUCCAAUAAUCCACAUCCUAGAUGUAGAUAUAUUGGGGAGGUGGGGGAGACUACAAUGCACAGAUUUCCCGCAGAUAUACGACUGAGAAGGGUUUGGAUUCAAAGGUGCAAACUUGUCCGUUCCAACUUUAGAUAUUCAAGACAUGACAGCACCAGGUCAUGCUCAGAACACCUUGACAGACAGCAGGGACCGAGUAAACUUCAUCCUUUGCCAACUGUUUUUCCAAACAAGACAUUCAAACUUUCGAAUGUGUCCCAUCUUGUGUCUGGAACCACAUGCAAGACUGUUUUGGAUCACACUAUUGUCUGGAACCACGUACAAGACUGUUUUGGAUCACGGUAUUGGCGAGGAUCUACACGUUGAAAAUGUUGAUGAGAUUGCUUCACAUAUGGAGGAUACAAAUCUUUGUGAUGUGUCUGCAGAGUAUUCACGUAUGCCUGCAGGAAUUGUAUCAAGACUUGAACGUUCCCUCAGUCAUCAUGGCUUCUGUGGUUCUCAAACAUUGACCAGUCUUUAUGUUAAUAAAUGUACCCAAACAUUUUCAGAACCAGUCACAUCAGCUGGAAGACAGACAUUAGGUAAUGAAAUUAUCUAUUGUAAUGCAAGCACUCAAACAGAUGAAUCAUCAACUCACAGUGUUGGUAUUCAAGCUGACAAAUCAACACUGACCUAUGAGAAUAUCAGGUGCUCUAAUGAAAGUGUUAUAUUUACACUGGAGUGCCAGAUUCAUCAACAUUUGAGGCUUUGUUUGAUGAAAUGCAGGGUGAUGAGCAGAUUUACUCUGACACAUCUGAUGGUGGGAGGCCACAUGUUAUGAGACACAUUGAUGAAUUUUUCAUGAUUCGCAUGAGACUGAGAUUAGGUCUGUUACUAAAUGAUUUAGCACACAGGCGGCUGAUGAUGUGGGAGGCUUUUCCUAUUAACGGAAGGAUGCUGUUUAAGGGUCGCAGGUCUGGGUGUGGGAUGGAGUACAGAGGUGAUGACUUUGUCGACGAGAUUGGGUGAAUAAUUGUUGAGGUGGGUGAAGACACAUCAUCAGCCGCCUCCUCAAACAGCAAGCCAACAUCGACACCCACUUCACCAGUUCCAACUCCCUCAACACCCUGCUAAGAGCCAACGGCAGGAACACAACCAAACCCCUAGAGCGUAAAGG